AUCUGCUUGGAGAUGAAGCAUAACUACCCUGGUCACGAGAUGACGUACAUUCCAAGAUGGCCGCGCCCAGACAUCGGGAAAGCUGACGUGUUGUUUUGGUGAUGAUUCGUCGCUCGUACGCUUACGGAAAGAAUCUGGGUCCAGUCAUUUCAUCCUAGCCAACUGUAAGAAGAUCUGAUCGAGAUGUGGCCCAUACGUGGUGGCCGCCACAGGCGUCCAGGAAUCGCUCUGGUGCUUCUUGCUUUUCAGAUGGCACAAGCAGGAUUUCAGAACAUCCCACCCGUUACCUUGGCAACCCUCGCCGCAAACGUGGCCAUGUUCCUCCGUCUGUUCCGCGGUUUCCGUUACCCCAAACUUGGGGAGGUGUGUGUGAGCGUGGUCCAUGUGUGGUACCAAGGGGACUGGAAGAGGCUGAUCUACGCUGCAUUCUUCCACGCAGACGAGUGGCACCUCUACUACAACAUGGCGUCCUUCAUGUGGAAGGGCAUCACAUUAGAGCGGAGAAUGGGCAGUGUACGGUUCCUGUACGUGCUGGCGGUGUUCACGGUCUGUACACACUCCCUCCUGCUGGGGCUGAACUACUCCAUGGACCACUUCUUCCACCAGUCCUCCUACCUGGCUGACUGUGCUGUCGGAUUCUCAGGUGUGAUAUUUGCGCUGAAAGUCCUGACCACACACUACCUCCCUCCGGGUAUGACCUAUGUCAUGGGAUGGUUUCCUGUUCCCCGCAGAAUUGCAUGCUGGGUGGAGCUGGUUGUCAUACAGAUCCUGAUCCCCCGAGCCUCGUUCAUGGGUCACCUGUCGGGUAUCCUGGUGGGACUGCUGUACACCAGCGGGCCUCUCAAGGCCAUCAUGGACCUGCCAUUUGGAGGAAGGUUACAAAUCCAGGUUGGAGCAGACAUCGUUACCAUGACGAUUAUGGAGCAGCAGAACCCAGACACACCCGAGCGACCAGACAACAGUCCUACACCUACCAUGCAGCUUGGUUGA